AUGGCAGAAAGUUACAUGUCAAUCUGCACAGACAGGCUGUUCAAAGUUUUAGUCAUCGGGGAUGUAGGUGUAGGGAAAAGCAGCAUUAUACUGCGUUAUGUUAAGAGAGAUUUUAGUGAAAACUACAAACCAUCUAUUGGAGUGGACUUUGCAUUAAAAACAGUUGAAUGGGAUCCAAAUACUGUUGUGAGACUGCAGUUUUGGGAUAUUGCAGGCCAAGAGCGUUUUAAGAAGAUGUCCAGAGUGUUUUACAAAGCGGCCAUGGGAGCUCUGGUGGUCUUUGACAUUACAGACAGCUCGUCCUUCGAAGGGGCAUCUGAAUGGAAGAGGGACCUUGAUAGCAAGGUUUGUCUCAACAGUGGAUGUCCGAUCCCUGCGGUCCUGCUGGCCAACAAAUGUGAUUUAGCAGGACAGGCCAGAGACUUGGAUAAGUUUUGCAAAGACAACAGUUUCCUGGGCUGGUUUGAGACCUCUGCAAAGGAUAAUAUAAAUGUUGAGGAGGCAGGUGCCUUCCUGGUCAAACACAUGAUGCGGUGUGACACUGACCUGUCUGAUGAAGAGCGUCACGGGGAUGGGAUCAAAGUGGACCAGGCUUUGGGGGACGGUCGGAGGAGGCCAUUGUGCUGCUAG